UAUAGCACCGGAUUGCUAUUUAUAGAAACUGGUGUAAUCCGAAAGUUGACUAAUCUAUCGAACAAACCUAUCGUUGAAAACGAAAGCAAAGAGUAAACAACUACAUUUUCCACACUUAUUGAAAGUCAUGGAGGAAGCAAUGAGUCCAGAGAAUUUCACAGAGAAUGCAAAUCUGGAUGUUGCAGAUGCGAAGCCUAUAUCUGAAACCGAUGCUUUUGGUUUUGGACAAGGAACAUUUAAAACGCACAGCACAAAGCCAAUAGCCACCACCAUCCAGACUACCUCGGAGUUUUAUUCAACAAGGUACAAGAUGGAUUACGCAAACAGAGGGAAGGCUGUGAUAAUUAACAACAAAAAGUUUAAUCCAAACACUGGCCUUAACGACCGGAACGGGACAGAUGUCGACGCUUCUGCUCUGUGCUGCCGACUUUCAGAACUGGACUUUGAUGUAGAUCUGUUCCACAAUCUCAAGGCAGAUGAAAUCAAACAACAGUUACACAAAGCGGCCGAGUCUGACCACAGUAACAGUGACUGUUUCGCCUGUGCCAUUCUGUCUCAUGGGGAGGAGGGAUAUGUGUGGGGAAUUGACAGGAUGGUUCCAAUCAAUGACCUUCUGGAGCCGUUCAAAGGCAACAAAUGUCUCUCUCUGGCAGGCAAACCCAAGAUUUUUCUCAUUCAGGCUUGCCGUGGAACCAAAUUUGAUGUGGGGGUGGACAUGAAUGUGGCUGAUGCUAAAGGCUUUAUGGACAUCGAGCCGGAGUUUUCCCUGCAGAAAAUUCCAUCUGAGGCAGAUUUCCUCAUUGCAUACUCUGUUGUCCCAGGUUAUUAUUCCUGGAGAAACUCGACCAAUGGCUCCUGGUUUGUACAGGCGCUGUCUGAGGUCCUGAUGAAAUAUGGCCAGACAGUGGACCUCCUCACCAUGAUGACACGUGUCAAUCAAAUUGUGGCCAACAAAUUCCAGUCCAACACGUCCCACGCAGAAAUGAACGCGAAGAAACAGAUUCCCUGUAUCACCUCCAUGCUGACCAAAGAGGUCUUCUUCACCAGUAAAUAGAGGGGCACCUGCUAUAUUGAUGUAGGGCACCUGCUCAGCUGGUGAAGUGAUAAACAUAACUGCCAUAAUAAAGGAACUGAACAAUUUAAAGUGUGAAUGACUUUUCUCCACUGUUACACAUUGGCAACUCUAAACUUUUUGUUAGACGUUUCCAAUUUCAAAGUUUAAUUACAAGUGCAGUUUUUGUGUUAUGGUGUUUUCAGGGAAAAUAUGGAUGGAUAUUUGUAAAGCUGAAAAUGAGAUUGUCCGUCUUUUUAUAAUGGAAAUUUUGUUUAGGUCCAACAAUUUUCUGUGACCUUGUGGCACUUGGGGAAAAAAUGUGUCCAGGAUGUAGAAGAUCUAGGGCCAGUUAUGAAAAUAACUAAAUAGAGAAGUAUUAAAAUAGUAAGUGAAAAUGAUAUAAUUAGGGUAUAUGUAAGUAAAAUGAUAAUCUCAUAGGAGUUAUAAAGCCACAUCUCAACAUUCAAAAACCAUAAUUUAUAAAUACUCCAACAUGGUGCUGCUUAAUUUCUUUUUAAAAUUAUUUCAGCAUACAAAUAUAUAUCAUUUACAGUGUAUGUUUGUAAAGCAUUAAAAUCAAAUUAAAAUGAGGACUAACACAAAGUGUAAAUGAUGUACCAAUGAUGUGUGUAAAAGUGUCAUAAUGUUUACAGGCGUGGUACUGUAACUCAUUUCACAAUGUUUACAGGUGUGGUACUGUAAACUCGUGUCACAAUGUUUACAGGUGUGGUGUAAACUCGUGUCAUAAUGUUUACAGGUGUGGUACUGUAAACUCAUGUCAUAAUGUUUACAGGUGUGGUGUAAACUCAUGUCAUAAUGUUUACAGGUGUGGUACUGUAAACUCGUGUCAUAAUGUUUACAGGUGUGGUACUGUAAACUCGUGUCACAAUGUUUACAGGUGUGGUACUGUAAACUCAUGUCAUAAUGUUUACAGGUGUGGUACUGUAAACUCGUGUCAUAAUGUUUACAGGUGUGGUGUAAACUCGUGUCAUAAUGUUUACAGGUGUGGUACACUUCUUUGUAAACUUGUGUUUGACACUUUGGUGUAAACAUUUGUCAGAAUAUUAUUUACAGUCGUACACUUCUGUGCCAACACUUGUCAGAAAUGUUUACUGUUGUCAUGUUUUUGGCCAUUUGCAUUGAUCUCUCUUGAUGCGUUUAAAAAUGUUACAAAAUUACUUUUAAUUUUUGUGUUUUUUUAGUAUUUUCUAUAUUCCUUUGUACAUAGAUAGCAUUUGUCAUAUUUCAGGUCCUCAAAUUGGCCUUUUUUCUGAAUGAUUAACAAGCAAAUUUAUACACAAGUCUUGUUAUCUCUCUAUGGAUCAAACUAAACACAACGUACAAUCAUGUAAAAUCUUCAUCUUUAACUGGCUAAGAUGGUAAAUAUAUUCAUGUGACCUUUAACCUCAAGCAUGACCUUGAUCUGACAAGAAGCCUUGAGCUCAUUGAAAUAUAAAUUGUAUAAUUUUUACUUUGGUUGUUUAAAAGAUUGGAUAUAUGGGCUGACAAAUCAAACCCAUGGACAUAUUAGGGCAAUGUCAUUCCUCAGUCAAUGAGUAAUGUAUUAUUUUUCAUAGUAAUUUUAAGAAAUAUUUUGUUUUAUGUAGUACCACAUUAUUUAAUUAUAAAGUAUUGUACACCAUGCUACAAUAUUUUAAAUCUCAAAAAAUAGAUCUGAAGAAUAGUAUAGCAAAUUACAGUGACAUCAUAAACCUCGUGUUUCCAUAAAUAGACAUCAAGAAAAUUAAUAAGCAACUGUUAUUUCAGUCAAUCCAUGGUAUUAUUCCACCAAUCAAGAAGACAAUAUUGAUCUCGGACUUUGUCCUCAGUCAAUAUUAGCUAGGCUCUUGGAGCAUUGACUAAAAUGAACUUGUUAUAAUUGUAUUUCACUACGUUGUGAUGCGUGUGCAGUUGUUGAACUAAACAGCUGUAUCUCUUUGUGUGUGCUCUGUAAUAUAACAUUUACUUCAUUUUUGGAUUUUGGUUCAACACAAUAAAAACAAAAUAUGCAAACAAAA